CCGCCCCAAUACGGAAGCGGAGGGGUACUCGGGAUCCGACAGCCGGUGGGUCCAGGCCAUGGGGCAGCUCUGGGCGGUGGGGAGCGCGGAGGGGACGCCCGCGCGGCUGCCUCUCGUGCUCACUGCGCUGUGGGCCGCGGCUGUGGGCCUGGAGCUGGCCUAUGUGCUGGUUCUGGGUCCCGGGCCGCCCCCGCUGGGACCCCUGGCUCGGGCCUUGCACCUAGUGCUGGCCGCGUUCCAGCUGCUCAACCUGCUGGGCAACGUGGGGCUCUUCCUGCGCUCGGACCCCAGCAUCCGAGGCGUGAUGCUGGCCGGCCGCGGUCUGGGCCAGGGCUGGGCUUACUGCUACCAGUGCCAAAGCCAGGUGCCGCCCCGCAGUGGGCAUUGCUCCUCCUGCCGCGUCUGCAUCCUGCGCCGGGAUCACCACUGCCGCCUUCUGGGCCGCUGUGUGGGGUUCCGCAACUACCGGCCCUUCCUGUGCCUGCUGCUUCAUGCUGCGGGCGUCCUGCUGCAUGUCUCUGUGCUGCUGGGCCCUGCCCUGUCAGCCCUCCUGCGAGCCCACGCGCCCCUCCACACCGCCGCCCUCCUCCUGCUGCCCUGGCUCAUGCUGCUCACAGGCAGAGUGUCUCUGGCUCAGUUUGCCCUGGCCUUUGUGACCGACACGUGUGUGGCAGGUGCACUGUUGUGCGGGGCCGGGCUGCUCUUCCAUGGGAUGCUGCUGCUGAGGGGCCAGACCACAUGGGAGUGGGCUCGGGGCCAGCACUCUUAUGACCUGGGCCCUUGCCACAACUUGCAGGCGGCCCUGGGGCCCCGCUGGGUCCUCGUCUGGCUCUGGCCCUUCCUGGCCUCCCCAUUGCCUGGGGAUGGGAUCACCUUCCAGACCGCAGCUGAUGCGGGCCUCGUGGCUUCCUGACUCCAGAAGGAGCCGGAGCUGUUCAGGGAGAGGGUAGCAGGAAAGGGGGCUCCUAACUCCUUUCGGGCCCAUCCCCAGCCUCCCGUCCCGUCCUUGGCCUUGCCCCUGCCCAGCCUGGACUCCAGUGUCCAGGGCUUGGGUCCUGCAACUCUGCCUCUGUUGGCCCCCCGAGUAGAGUGGACAGUUGGUAAGGGGCUGCUUGGCCAGCCUAGUCACCCCUUUGCUGCGUUAAUAAAGCGCCCACUUGGUUCUUGGA